AUGUCGCGACUCAACGAACUUGUAAGAGAAGCAAAAAGAGCACGUGGUGAAUUAUACCCAUAUAAUACCUCACUGGUUCAUGAAAUCUGCCGAGAUAUUACUCAACUACAAAAUCAUGUCAUAAACGACACAAAUCACAACAAUAACGAAGAAUCAGAACCGGGAUAUUCGAAAGAAGAAGAGGAGAAAGUUAGAGAGGCGAUAAACUUAAAUAUCAAUCUCACACAAAAAACAAGCAAACGAGCUUUACGAAUAUACCAUUAUCCUCGUGCUGAACGGGUAAAAUUAAGAUACUGGGCAGCAAAAACACUCAAAAAAUCAGCACAAAAAAAACUUGCGACGCAAGAAACAGAGCUGUUUCAAACAUAUAGCGAAAUUAGUAACAGAUAUUCUGAGGAGUUUAUGGAUGGGUUGGACUUGGGUAGUUCCUUAAUGCCUCCUAAAGAUUUAAUGACUAGUGCUAGAGUGGUGGAGAAUCGUGGUGGCUCAAUUUUGACUGAUG